UCUCGAAGAGCACUUCCGUGACCUGGGCAAGCCUAGGCCUGUAGCACCCAGUCAGCGUCUGUCUGGGUUUCUUUUGUCUCAAGUCUUCCUGUUUACUGUUCCCAGGGGACCAACCCAGGUGGCUCCCUAGCUGCUUCUAGGGAUUGUUCUCCAAGAAAGUAGACCCGUGGUGUUUCUUUCACAGUGAAAGGGCCUCAAGCCCUUUGCAAGUCACAUCAUGUCACUGACUACUUGGAGCCUUCCAUGACUUCUUGAAGGGACUCGAGUACCGAGAGCCUGACCGCUCCGCCUUAUCUACCAUCCUCUGAAGACUCCAGCCAGCAACUGGGAACUAUUAAGAGCACACACCUGCGUAUCCCAACCUUAUUCAAGGUGAGGACUGCUCUCCUUCCUCAGCAGAUGCUGUACCUACCCAGGACUCUCACGUUGACCACCUGAGGUGUGGGGGUCCGAGAGAACUGGAAGGACUUGGGUCUCUUCUCUUACCAUGCAUGUCUCAGGGAUCAAGCUCAGAGUGCCCAAGCCAACAGCAAGCACCCUCACCUGCUGAGCUGGCAUAGCAGAGGAGGAAUGAUUGUGAACAGCCUCUCCCUGUGCUAUCACAAUAAACUCAUCUUAGCCCCGAUGGUUCGGGUGGGGACUCUGCCAAUGCGCCUCCUAGCCCUGGAUUAUGGAGCAGACAUCGUUUACUGUGAGGAACUAAUUGACCUGAAGAUGCUCCAGUGCAAGCGAGUUGUAAAUGAGGUGCUCAGCACAGUGGACUUUGUGGCUCCUGAUGACCGAGUAGUCUUUCGUACAUGUGAAAGAGAACAGAACAGGGUGGUCUUCCAAAUGGGGACUGCAGACGCAGAGCGAGCCCUUGCUGUGGCCCGGCUUGUAGAAAAUGAUGUAGCUGGUAUUGAUGUCAACAUGGGCUGUCCAAAAGAGUAUUCCACCAAGGGAGGAAUGGGAGCCGCCCUGCUGUCAGACCCAGACAAGAUUGAGAAGAUUCUCAGCACUCUUGUUAAAGGAACACACAGGCCUGUGACCUGUAAAAUCCGAAUCCUGCCCUCGCUAGAAGAUACCCUGAACCUUGUGAAGCGGAUAGAAAGGACUGGCAUUUCUGCCAUUGCAGUUCAUGGGAGGAAUCGCGAGGAGCGGCCUCAGCACCCAGUCAGCUGUGAAGUUAUAAGAGCCAUUGCUGAAACCCUCUCCAUUCCUGUCAUAGCCAAUGGAGGAUCUCACGACCACAUCCAGCAACAUUUAGACAUAGAAGACUUUCGACAGGCCACAGCUGCCUCCUCUGUGAUGGUGGCUCGAGCAGCCAUGUGGAACCCCUCCAUCUUCCUCAAGGACGGCCUUCGUCCCCUGGAAGAAGUCAUGCAGAAGUACAUCAGAUAUGCGGUGCAGUAUGAUAACCACUACACCAACACCAAGUACUGCUUGUGCCAAAUGCUUCGGGAACAGUUGGAGUCGCCCCAGGGAAGGCUGCUUCACGCUGCCCAGUCUUCCCAGGAAAUUUGUGAGGCCUUUGGCCUUGGCGCCUUCUAUGAGGAGACCAUUCGGGGGCUCGAUGCUCGGCGAGCUGACCUCUUGGCCAAGACUCCAGAGGCAGUUGAAGAGCCAGCUGAAGACACCUCUGGCAUCAUUAAAAUGGCUAUCAGGUUUGACCGGAGAGCAUACCCACCCCAGAUUACCCCCAAGAUGUGCCUGCUGGAAUGGUGUCGGAGAGAGAAGUUGCCACAGCCUGUGUAUGAAACGGUUCAGCGACCUAUAGAUCGAAUGUUCUGCUCUGUUGUCACUGUUGCGGAACAAAAGUACCAGUCCACCUUGUGGGACAAGUCAAAGAAACUGGCGGAGCAGACUGCAGCAGUUGUGUGUCUGAGGAGCCAGGGCCUCCCUGAGGGUCGGCUGGGUGAGGAGAGUCCCUCCUUGAACAAGCGCAAGCGAGAGGCCCCUGACCAAGACCCUGGGGGCCCAAGAGUUCAGGAGCCAGCACUACCUGGGGAGAUAUGCAAGAAGCCAUUUGUAACCUUGGGAAGUACCGAAGAGAACCUGCUGGAAGGCUGCUGACCCCUGCACUGGUUGGCAGUGCUUGGGACUGACAUGAAGGGGCUAUGGGUGCUGGGAUCUAAACCAUGAGCCCUUGGACAGUUUGCUUGCCCUUGACAUGUGAACCUAGAGGUCUUGGCCCAGGCCAUCAUUCUGAAAUAAGUGCCAAGGAAUGUCCAAGGGUAAUACUAUCUCUCUCAUAUGUCUGAUAGCUAAGCCAAGUUCCCAAUGAUCUGAAUGUUUCUUUGAAAAGGAGGUUUUUAGGCCUCACUUCCAACUUGACAUUGGUAUCGUGCAAUAAAGACAACUUUGACUCACACCCAA